GGCGCAGGAACACACUUUGUCGUCGCCAACUCCGAGGAGACAUAAAGGAGACGUUACUGCAGAUGGAGCCAAUGGGAGGACUGAGGGGGCUGAACUGCCCUUCCCAAAACGUUUAACGGAGCAGGACAACACACGGCUGGAUGUUCCGGUGUGAAAGCCAGCAGGUUGGACAACAAAUACCGCUGAAGAGAGUCGUGCGCACCGACAUGUGGUCAGACUCACUGCGCUGCUUGAGAAAGUAUUUAAACACGGAGAUGUGAAAGCCGCCGAUUUUUAACUGCGCGUAUAUUCGUGCAAUUAUGGUACAGGCGCCCACUGCAUCUUUAGUAAAAGGCAGAACAAGGUUUAUGCACGAGUGCGCAGAACAAAAGCGAACAAAUAAUGUGCGCCCAAUUAGCGGCGAAAUAAGUCCCAAAUAACUCGCAUCAGCUCACGCACAUGUGACUUAUGGAGAAUACAGGCAAGUUAUGACGAGGUAUAUGUUUUGGCUGCCAACUACAAAGUGCACUUAAGUGUACUUAAUGAAAAAACAGCAGGCAUGGGGAUAUUUCCUCCUGUUUAAAAUAUCUGUGGGGCUGAGACGAGACCUGUUGUUGCUCAAAGUUAUGUGUAUUAUAUUACCAGUAAUACAUGUAAAUUAUUCUUUAUUCGAUUAGGUUAAAGAAAUACAAAGAGCUGACUACUUGACUAAAUUGGCCAAGAACUUGGCCAGUAGUCUGGCUUUAAUUCAGGCCAGGUGAAGGCAGCUGCAAAGAGACUUUCUGUUCAUAUAAAGUUGUUUUAAUCAACACUGGAUCCUUUCAGAGCAGCUGUCCUGAAGAUCGUUGACCCGAAUAUGCCUCCACCCCACCAUUUAGCACUGCACUGUCCAAAAUGUCACAAUGCCAUGACGACAAGAUCUGAAGCACCAGGAGAAAGAGAUGGAAAUGCUUGUUGCUGUUUUUUUAAAUGUCGUAUAACAAGAUAUUCUGCAAUGUGUAAUAACAAAACGGUACGUGAAUCAAUUAUUUGUAUACCAGCUGUUAUUAGUUCAGUGUCAACAGUGGUAUAUUCUUCAGUGAAUGGCACUGAAGUGAAUGUAUUGCAUUGCAAAACUAAAGGCUUUUUGGAAGAAAACAUGAAACAUGGAGCUGAAUCCGUUUUGCUUGCAGUUGUAUGGCAGCCCCAUUUUCCGCCACCCUUUUGAGUGACCACCUGUUCAUAACCUUCCAGACCUGUUCAACAUGAUGAGAGCUGCAGGGACAGAUGAUGAUGACCUCUAACAACCAGCUGGGGUCACUGUUCCCCAACUGCUCAGUUUUCCUUAACGCCAUGACCUAUCUCCUUUUCUUGUACCUAGGGAGUAUCUUAUCUCUGCUUUUCUUAUCUUAGUGACUUUAAUCUGCAGUUGUUCAAAGUAUGACUCCAUCCUUCCUCCCUUAAAUGUUUAGCAACUUCUUCUUGGUAAAGUACUAAUUAUUCUAGCUGUGUAAUACAAAACUGAAUAAAACUGAAGUUUGGCUAGGGUCCUAUUGACAUUGAUUUUCUGAAAACACACACAUCCACUAUUAUCUGCAACAGAAGCAGUGCUCUGAAAAAAUAUCAGAAACCAGCUAUGUAAUGUUUUGUCAACAUCCUUUACCACCUUCUCAGAUCUAAUUUAAUGCACAUGUCUUCCUGUCUGUGGUUGCAAACAAACUCUUUUUUAUAAUCUUGAGACAUCCCAGUGAUUAUAUUCUAUGCAAUUUAACGACCACAUUGUUCCUUAAAUCAGUCAUUUACUUUUUUAAUCAAAAUCAAAUCAGUUAAGCCAGUUACCAUUUCUCCUUUGAGGAAGAUCCAAAGGUGCAUUCACAUCUUUAAUUAAUUUUUAAUGACACACUUUUAUCUAACGAUUUAAACUCUGAACUUUAUCUUGGGCUAGUCUCAAAAUUAAACUUAAUGUCACAGAUGUAUGAAGGUGGGGAGUUUGAGGAAGACAGCCUUACCUAUCUGGAAUGUCAUGUGUCACUUUGGGCCCAUGGCACAAGCCACAGGUGGUUGUUGAAUGAAAUGCUUGUCAUUAGAAAAGAGAAGCUCACAAAUGUGCAGAGAGAAGAAUGGGAGGGAGGAGCAUGUGUGUGAGUAUGUGUGUGUUUGUCUGUGUAUCAGAGAAUCAAAGAGGGAGUGAAAGCAACACAGAAAGCCAUACUUGUUUUUCUCGUUUCUGCGUAUCUCCAGAAAGUGGGACGUCCUUGUGUAUCCGAACUCAGAGCUCAUGCAACUCAGCACGAGAGCUGGUCUCUGUGCCUUGGAUUUAAACACUCAAACCGCACUAAAAGAUGUCUGCAACACCGCCUGCGGUGGCCCCGAGAAUGUAUUCAGGUGUCCGAGUUAUGUUAAUUCCAGGGCAGCAGCCCCGUCCCGGUGGCCUGCCCAUUUACACACAUGUUCACAAAGAAAAAAGUGCCAUUAAGGAGUCAAAUUAUCCAUCUCUACUGAAUGCAGAGAGAGAAUUGGAGUUUAUGAACCACUGCUUUGACGACGUGGAGCGAUUCAUGGCACGCUUGCAGCAGACGGUUGAGGCCCAGAGCGUUCUCAGCCAAAGGGGGGGAAAGAGAAGCAGAAAGAGCAAGAAGAAGAAGGACCAAGAAGAUGAUUUGUUGGCCCUGAAAGCUUGCCCUCCAUCAGCGGAAGAAUUUGUGGACCUCUUUCAGAAAAUCAAGUACUCCCUCAGUCUGCUGGACCGUCUCAAGUCAACCAUUGCACAGCCUGAUGCACCAGAGCUGCUGCAUCACAUCUUUGUGCCUCUUAGACUGAUGAUGCAAACCACUGGAGGGCCAGCUUUAGGAGCAUCGGUGGUCAGUCCUGCUAUGACCAGUGGUGCGGUUUUACUGCUCCAGGAGCAUCUGAUUGCAGAGGAAAAGAAGCUGUGGACUUCAUUAGGGGCCAACUGGACUUCACCCUGUUUGCACCUUAAUGUGUCUGUACCUCCAUACUCACCUGUCUUCCUGGAUGGGUGGAAGCCUCAGGCCUAUGAUUCAACGGGCCAGCUCUUCGAAGAUCCCAUCGAGUCACAGCACAAACAAGAUGCUUUGAGGGAAAGUAGAAGUUUACAGGACCAAGUUCAACAGACAGCGGAGCUUCCUGGUGAAGGCAAUGAAGAAGUAGAUGGAAAUGGGCUCCCUCCAGAGGGUGAGAGACUUUACUGCUGCAGUUAUGACUUUGUGGCUAGAAACAGCAGUGAACUCUCUGUGCUCCAAGGAGAAACACUGGAGGUCAUUAAUAUGUCAAAGAAAUGGUGGAAGUGUCAAAAUCGCUUCGACCAGAUAGGAUUUGUUCCCUCUAAUAUCCUGGAGCCUCUGUCUGCUCUGAAUAACCCUGGGAGGGACAGCCCAGCGGUACACAGAGAGUCAAAGAAGAUGCCCAUUUCCCCUGGGACAAAGUUCUUCUCAUAUGCUCCAUCAAGCCCAGUUGGGACCAGUCCUACAAGCCCAAUGCGACCACAGAGCAUGGUUUUACCAUCAAUACAGGGAGAAGACAAUGACCGAGUCCUGAUGGUGAAUGAUGAGCUCCUUCAGCGGUUAGCUGAGAAAAGAGGCUCAGUUCGUCCACUGGUGGUCCCCCGCACAGCUGACACUACUCCCCUGAACUACCACUCACCGUCUGCCGAGGUGGAGGCCUGGCUAACCACGAAGGGCUUCAGUCAACAGACAGUUCAGGGUCUGGGCAUUUUAAAUGGUGCGCAGCUUUUUUCCCUAAAAAAGGAGGAGCUCCGCGCUGUGUCACCAGAGGAAGGUGCAAGAGUCUACAGCCAAAUUAUGGUGCAGAAGGCCCUUCUCGAGGAUGUGCACAAAUCUACUGAACUAGAGACGGUGAUGGAGAAGCAAAAGCUGAAGAUUGGCUUGAAAUCAGAGGAUGAUUCAAUGUGACGGAGCUCUCCAACAUUCAGAUACAAAUCAAUGGAGAUAACUGUAAUAUUGCAUAUACAGCUGGAUGCAGUGAUGUUGCAGAUGGAUUUUAAUAUUGAAUCAUGUUGUAUCUAUGUGCUACAGAUUCUUCAGCAUGAGCAAGCUGUGUUAAAAGUAAAACUCACUCACUAAUACUAUUUUUACAUGUUUUUAAAGACAUAUCAGAGUCAGAGUUUUACUAUUCUUACCAUUUGGUAACAUUAUACUUUUUACAAUUUCAAUAUUUCUAUCAUCCUUUGUUUAGGCAAUAUCUGAAAAAAAUAAAUAAACCUUAUAACAUUCUGAUGAUUAGAGUUCUACGUUAACAAUGGACUGAAACUGCUUUUUGUGCUACACGAAAAGGGAAUUUGGUUUAAAAUGUUUAUGACUCAGUAUCGUUCAAAUUUCUAUCGUUUGUGUUUUUAUUGCUUGCAUAUCUAUCUGAGUUAAGACCAAAUACACAUUGAACUGUUAAAUGAAGAAUACACAAUUUCAGUUUGACUCUUUGUACGAUUUUUAUGGAGACUAAAAUGUUUCUGUAUUUUUCUUUGUGACCUCAGCUGUGGAGAAUAUCAUGACAUAAUGUAAAGUAACACAUCAAAAAGUAUGUGUAUUUUUUAACCAUAUAUAUUUCUUUGCAUCUUCCAUUUUAUGAUCAAAAUAAUUUAAAAUCUAUACAUAUAUUUGAAGUCAUUUUUUCAACUGUAUGAA